GGGCCGGGCGGGCGGCGCGGGCGGAGGAGGAGGAGGAGACCGAGGAGGAGGAGGAGGACGACGACGACGACGACCAAGAGGAGGAGGGCGCGCCGAGGCCACACCCAUUGGCGCGCCGAUCCGGGCUGCGAGUCGUCGGCCGCCGCGCGCGCUCCAGCCGAGCCUCCGCCCGCACCGAGCCCGGGGACGGGCCGCACCCGGGAGGGGCCGUUCCGGCCGCAGCGCGAGGGCACGAGGGGCGGCGGGGAGCCGGCACCGGGCACGGCCGGCGCAGCGACCAUGAUCGCUUUGUUCAACAAGCUGCUGGACUGGUUCAAGGCCCUGUUCUGGAAGGAGGAGAUGGAGCUCACGCUGGUGGGGCUGCAGUACUCGGGCAAGACCACCUUCGUCAACGUGAUCGCGUCAGGACAGUUUAACGAGGACAUGAUCCCCACCGUGGGCUUCAACAUGCGCAAGAUCACCAAGGGGAAUGUGACCAUCAAGCUCUGGGACAUCGGGGGACAGCCCCGCUUCCGCAGCAUGUGGGAGCGCUACUGCCGAGGAGUGAGUGCCAUCGUGUACAUGGUGGACGCCGCUGACCAAGAGAAGAUUGAGGCCUCCAAGAAUGAGCUCCACAACCUGCUGGACAAGCCCCAGCUGCAGGGCAUCCCGGUCUUAGUCCUGGGUAACAAGCGAGACCUCCCGGGAGCCUUGGAUGAGAAGGAGCUGAUUGAGAAAAUGAAUCUGUCCGCCAUCCAGGACCGAGAGAUCUGCUGCUACUCCAUCUCCUGCAAAGAGAAGGACAACAUUGACAUCACCCUACAGUGGCUUAUCCAGCACUCAAAGUCACGGAGAAGCUGAGGCUGCUGCCCGCCCCCUCGGACCAGGGACGCCGAGCUCCCGCCCCGCCCCCACCCCCCCCAAGCCCACCCCUGGUACUCAGUCUGGGGAGGGGCCCUCGGGGGGGGGGUCCCAGAGUCCUGCUCUGCUGAGGUUUGAACUCCUGAUUUUACUGUAAAAUAAGUCGCUCCUGUCUGGCCCCUGAUCUCUCCUGCCCCUCUCUGCCCCGGCCCCCGCCCCGCUCCGCUCCCUGUCCCCUCUCUGCCCCGGCCCCCGCCCCGCCCCGCUCCGCUCCCUGUGCUUCCCUCUGCAACACUUCUGUUGUUGUCCUGUGUGUACAGUAUAUAUAUGUAUAUAUAUUUUAAUUUUUUAAUUUAAGCAAAGACUAAAAUCACCCAUGUGAUGCUGCAGGGGCCUGUCAGGGUCGGGGGGACGUCCGGAGAUGGGGAGAGUGCUGCGGGCUUGGCUGGGGCAGGUUCAGGUCAGGACAGGUCAGGCUGCCCGGGGCAGGUGGCCGUCCCCCAGUCCCUGUCCCUGCAGUGCUUGACUGACAGGCCGAUGGGAGCCUCUGGAGGCGCCCGCUCUGUCCCAGCCUCCGCGUGGCCGCCAGGCACACCCAGGUGCCAGAGAUCGCUGGCCGAAGGGGCGGGAGGCCAGCGUGCGAGGCCCCCCAGCAGCCCCCUGCCGCCUGCCCUGGCCCCCGGCUCCUGCCCCUCCCCGGGCCCCCACCUCCACGGGCCACCUCAUUUUCUGUUCUCAUUUUGCAUAGUUGCACAAGGAGAGAACUCAGCACGGGGGGGGUUGGUUCUUUGGGUUUGUUUUCUGUUUGUUUGUUUAAUUUAAUGAUUUGUAAAGUGACUUUCUCUUCCUUUUUUACACUUUCAGCUCAUAUUUAACCUCUGUUUGGAAAAUGAUUCUUGUAACUGUACAUUUUUUUGCCUCCUAACAACAAUGAGAAUAAAUGAUGGUUUUGUGUUG